UUCGAAAUAUGCUAUUUGGGAUGAAGGAGAUAAUUAUAUUAUUGAGAAUUUUGAGGGAGAGGAUAUUAGGGUGAUACCUUCUUCAUCAAUACAUCAUAUGGAUCACGGAGAAGGCAACAAUGAAGGAAAAAGAGGAAGCAAGAUCAAUUUCUUUAAAAAACGAUUGAGCAAGCCAGACUCACCUACAAAAGAUAUGGUUGAGGAUGGGAAAAAUAAGGAAAACGAAAAAAUUAGGGACGCUAAGGAAAAUGAAGAAAUAAAGGACGAGAAAGCAAUAAAGGAGGAGAUCAAGGAUGAUAAAGCAAUGGAGGAUAUCAAGGAGGACAAGGGUAAAAAGAAAGAUGAUGAUGAAACGGAAUAA